AUGGAAAUCGAGCGAACCGCCAAAUCGUGUGUACAAUGCGCACAACAAGCGACAGCACCACCGAAGUUCAGUAGUCACCAUUGGGAGUACCCAUCCAACCCGUGGGAGAGAAUACACAUCGACUACGCUGGAUCCGUAUCAGGAGCGAUGUUAUUGCUGGUAGUUGACGCGUACGGCAAGUGGGUCGAAGUAAAAAUAACGCACUCCACAACAUCUGCCGCCACCAUUGAUCUGCUAGAUGGACUGUUUGCUACGUAUGGUGCGCCAGUAACAGUAGUGUCGGAUAAUGGAACCCAAUUUACAUCCGCCGAGUUUAAAUCGUUCCUUCAAAGAAGUGGUGUAAAAUUCCAUAAACUAUCCGCACCGUACCACCCGGCGACGAAUGGACAAGCUGAACGCUACGUCCAGACAGUGAAGCGUGCAUUGAAAGCGAUGGGAACAUCAAGCCAUAACCUACAGGCAAACCUCAAUCUCUUCUUACAACAAUAUCGCAAAGCACCUCAUAACGAAACAUGA